UGGGUUUUAAGUAUGAAAUCAGCUUCCUCGGAGAUGUAGAAAAGUUUGUAAAGUAAAUACAUUCUCACCUGAGAAACAAAAUGACAACAAGGAUGAAAUGCUCGCAGUGCUGACCUUCCCGGCCUGUUUCUGUCCAAAUUGAAACCCGAGUUGUCUGUUCACUUAGGCCAUACUUAUGUGAUUAUAUGUAUGACAUUCGCUGAUGGAAUCGUCCUGAUUGGCUAGGGGCCGAAUUAUCCGGGUGCCGAAUUGUCUUACUUCCAACCCCGUGUCAGGGGUGAGAAUGAUAGUGUGUCUGAUAAAAACUCACCAGACAGGUUUGGACAUUUCAGACAGACGUGACACAAGACGGGUCAGCCUUGCCAGGUCCACAACAUCGACGUCCAGUUUAUCUCACAGACAGAAGAAUGCAGUUCGUGGCUAACAACCAUCCCGUUCUCGGGAUCAGGAGGGAGGAUUACAACACCUGGGAGUCACGCGCACCGCUCUCUCCUGCGCAUGUGCAGAAUCUCGUCUCCAAGGGCGUCACCGUUCUGGUGCAGCCGGCCAGCAAACGGGCCUACAGCGGAAAGGAGUACCAGGAAGCAGGCGCGCACAUCCGAGAGGACCUAUCCGAGGCGUCAGUGAUUCUUGGAGUUAAGACGACCCCUGCCGAGAAGUUGCUGCCCAACAAGACCUACUCCUUCUUCUCACACACUAUCAAGGCUCAGGAUGCCAACAUGCCCAUGCUGGAUGCCAUCCUAGACAAGAACAUCCGGAUCUUUGAUUACGAGAUGAUGCUGGACGAGGCCGGAGUCAGUCCCGUGGCGGGGGCGAUGGGGAGGCUCGCCGGGAUCUCAGGAAUGAUCAACAUUCUACACGCCAUGGGAACUCGCCUGCUAGCACUGGGACAUCACACACCGUUUCUGAGGAUAGGACCAACCCACAGUUACAGGAACAUCGAGAUGUGCCGUCAGGCCGUGAGGGAUUGUGGGUAUGACCUUGCCCUGGGGAGGAUGCCGGAGUCCAUAGGACCUUUGACCUUCCUCUUCACUGGGUCAGGAUACGUGUCGAAGGGUGCUCAAGAGAUGCUGAAGGAGCUACCUGUCAAGUUUGUUGAUCCAACCGAGCUGAGAGACGUCUGCGCUUCAGGUGACACGACCUGUGUUUACGCCGCCGUUCUGAGGCGACACCACCACCUCCGGCACAGGAACACCGGCCGGUACGACGAGAAAGACUAUACGGAACACCCGGAUAGAUUUGUCUCCACAUUCGCCGAACAGUUCGCUCCGUACGUAUCGUGUCUGGUGAACGGCAUGUACUGGCCUCCAACCGCACCGCGCCUUCUCACCAACGCCGACCUGCAGGGGCUGCUGGGAAACAACAUGGCGGACAACGGAGUAGUUCCCGGAUGUCCCAACGAAGGUCCCGCAUGUCCCGACGAAGUUCCCGGAUAUCCCCGCUUGCCCCAGCGGCUGAUCGCUGUGAGCGACAUCUCGGCAGAUGAGGGCGGGUCGCUGGAGUUCAUGACCCAAUGCACCUCCAUGGACAGCCCGUUUGAAGUGUCUGACGGGACAAAAUCUGAACCAGGGAUCAUGGGGGAUGGUGUUGUGGUCUGUUCGGUGGACAACCUUCCUGCGCAGCUGCCGCGUGAGGCGACGGACAUCUUUGGGAACCAGCUGCUGCCCUACGUCUGGGAAAUGCUCCACUCCAUGGCGGAGGUACCUUUUGAGAGCCAAGCCGUCCUGUUCUCCAAGACCCUCCAGGAUGCCACCAUCGCUUCUAACGGAAAGUUGAGGCCGAAGUACGAGUACAUCUGGGAACUGCGGGAAUCUAAAAACAAGCAGGAGUAGCAAUCAGAUAGUUAGGCAGCCCUGACUGUAUGCUUUUUAUGCCCAAAACCAGCCGAUCAUGAAUGUGUAGAUACAGUUAAAUAUACCGAAUCUCAGUAAAACUAAAUAUAUUGUGUUCUUGUUGGUAAAAGUUGGGUAUAUUAAUGUCCAGUACGAGAUGUAGCUCCAGUAAAAUGUGGCUAAAUGGUCAUUAACUCAACCUUGAAA